UAAGUUCUCGAGAAUUUAAUAUUUAUUUGUGAAUGUUGAGGAUCGCGCCGUUUCUCGACAAGCCGGGACGAAUCAUCCGGUCACGCGCACCUGUUGCCAUCUUCUGCAUGGCCGCGGUUGCGUGCCUGUGCGUGCUUAUUAUGGCCUCUGCGAGCGAUGACGAGCGGGCAGAGACGUAUGGCAGAUAAAAAUCGGCCCGAUAAAAGACGCGCGUCGUUCGCGUUGUUUCAUUUUUUUGCCCACGACGUUGAGAUUCGGACGUUCGGAGGUAACACUUUGUGCUCGCGAUAUAUUGCGUUUUAGAAGACUCCGGGUCACGACCGGGUCGACGGGAAGCCGCAGCGAGUAUGAGAACCUAGAUUAAAGAAGAAAAUGUGGAAACAAUUUGCUCGAGUAAUAAGCAGAAUUUUUAUGGCGAAGCUGUAUUAUUCAAAAUCGGAGAAGUGAAAUAUUGAUGGAAAAUUCAUUGACGUGAAUAUUUUAACAAUUUGGCCUUCCUAUUUUGACAUUCUAAUUAAUUAUUUAUAAUCAGGAUCGGUACAUCCUGUUAAUGAUGCCGUACUAUAAUAGCAGUCACAGUCCCGCUUAUAAAGAUGGCAGUUCCAGCGGGCCAUCGAGCACUUCUGGUGGUCGAGCUAGCAGCUCGGAGCCGACGUAUAUGAUGGAGCACUUGGCCACGUUCACCGUCACGAAGGAAACUGGUAUUGUUUAUCCGGCGGAUGGAAUGCGACGACUUUUACAAUUAGAGAAAAGCAAUGGCAUCUGGAGUCAAAAAAUGCAGCUCCGUCUGGAACGAAACUGGGUUCUUAUCAUGGACAACGAAACGGGGGCUGUCAUGGAACGAUUCCCGGCUUCCUUGAUACAGGAACCGACAGCCUUCACAUCGAGGGAUCCCAUGGAGAUGUACAAUAACAUUUUAGUCUUCACGGUGGCCGACGAUAGCGGUUCCGGCCAGCGAGCGGAGAUGCACAUAUUCCAAUGCCAGAGUGUAUCGGCGCAAGACCUUGUCGAGGACCUGAAGAUGUUGCAAAUGGGAAAACUUGUUACAGGUGAUUCGCCCAGGGGUCCCAGAGGUCACAUUCCACCUCCGCCGACCUUACCGCCUCCGGAACCACCUCUGAACGGCGUAAAUGUCAGGGAACAGGUGUCCACCUUCAACACGGCGAGUGCAGACAAUCAGAAUGACAUCUCCCGGGAAGAGAAUAACGAUGAGGUAUCAUCGACGUCGUCGGAGAAGUACGAGCGCGACGUGACGAUUCUGAACCACUGCUUCGACGACAUCGAGAAGUUUAUCGCGCGUUUGCAGCAUGCAGCAGCUGCGUCACGAGAACUGGAGCGUCGAAAACGCAACCGGAAGUCGAAGAAGAGGAACUUGGGCGACGGUAUGCUGACGAUGAGGGCGAAACCGCCGCCUGAGAUGGAGUUCAUUGAUAUUUUCCAGAAGUUCAAGCUUUCGUUCAACCUGCUGGCUAAGCUCAAGGCGCACAUUCACGAUCCCAACGCGCCCGAACUCGUGCACUUCCUCUUCACGCCGCUCGCGCUUAUCGUAGACGCGUCUCACGACACCAAUUACGACCCGAACCUACCGAACAAGGUGGUGUCGCCGCUUCUGACGCGAGAAGCUGUCAAUCUGCUGAUAAAUUGCGUAACCAGCAAGGAAACUGAACUCUGGCACUCGUUGGGAGACACUUGGUUGGUCCCACGCGAUCAAUGGAAGGGCCACGUGCCGCCUUAUCAUCCGAUAUUCAUGGAUGGCUGGUCACCGGAGUAUCCUAUUCCCGAAGAUAGGGACCACGAUCACCUGGCGUCCUUGCUAAACGCGGAUAAACAGAAGAGAGACGAAUUACCGGAACAGCAAAACGACCCUUACUACAAUCACCGCGACGUGGACGAAUCGCAUUACAGCAGCGAUUACCUGGAGUACGAAAGUCGGGAGGAACGAGGUGGUAAUGAGUACUUUGAUAGAAACUACGGGCCUAGCUCGGAGCUAUACGGCAGAGAGGAGAGAGUCCAGGAUCAGACCAGGGCGCACAGCGAUAUUUCUGUGGAUUCGAUCGAGAGGGCUCCUAGAACGGCUACCGCGAUAGACAGGGCUCAGGAAGCUUGGCUGGAUGAAUUGGCAGCGCGCCACGCCAAGGUCGUGCAGGUCACCUAUCCGCGAACGGCCAACAACGACAAGGAGCUCACCGUGGUCAGGGGCGAGUACCUGGAGAUCCUCGACGACAGCAGGAAAUGGUGGAAGGCGAGGAAUUCUCGGGGACAGAUCGCCCAUGUGCCACACACCAUCGUUACCACCACGUCAUCGCAUAAUUCCAACGCUCACUCGGCUGACAAUGAUGUCUUCAACAAUCCUUUGUACACUAGCAGAUAUCCGAGACAGGGACACGGCUACAACUACGAGGAUUCGGAGAUCGAAAGAAUCAGUACUAGUCCAGGACCGGAAGCUACGCAUCGAACACACGCGAUUCCGCCACCAGCGCCUGCUGAUUGGGUGAGAAAAGAAAGACUUGGAAAAAAAGACAAUAUUAAUGCUUACAACGGAGCCAUGAGUAACAGCAGCAGGUCAAGUGUUUCCUCCUUCGAUAGCACCUCUGAAUCGCAUAGCAAGCUUAACACGCAGCAGAGCAUCGUGGAAGUGCAUUCGCCACCUCGCGAUUUUAUACCAGACGAUGUGAUAUCCGAUAAGGAGGUCCUGGAGAAAAUGGAACUUCCGCCAGUGUCUGUACCAACAUCGAAUUCGGUGCCAACAACACUAUCCGUAUCCAAAUCGGCACCAAUAUUGUCUGUAUUGAAAUCAACUCCAGCACUAUCGCCACCAAAAUCAGCACCAGCAUCACCUGCUUCGUCGAAGGUAUCUUCAAAGUCGAAGAUAUCUUCCACACCACCUCCACCGCCACCUCCACCACCGACGCCUGUACGAUCCACUCCGCAGUUUCAAACUCAAAAAUCCGCGCCCUCAACAUUUUCCACGCUCAAUAAAACGGAUGUUUCUAAAAGUAUUAAAUUCUUUAAUGGCACUUCCGAGCAAGAAGAGGGAUUUCAGAAGGAGCUCAAGUUUGUCUUGACGAUGUUCCGAGAGAAAAAAGCGAAUUCUUCUCUUAACAAUGACACACACGAGAUUUGGGUGAAUCAAUACUCGACCUCUCACGAGAUUCAAACUUGGUUGAAGGCCAAAGGAUUCUCGGAAAAAAUCUGUAAACAAUUGGAAGAUAUGAACGGCAUGGAAUUAUUUAAUUUAUCGCGGCGAAGAUUGGAGCAAUUGUGCGGAUUGUCCGAGGGAAGCAGGCUCAAUGGUCAGUUGACUUUAGCGAAAAAUGAAUGCGGGUACAAAACAGCUCGAUCAUCGGAGCUCAAGCAGAUUUUAGAGAAAGCUCGCCAGAGAGCAGAGGAGUUAAAUAAGGAUGAAGUCGGGCAGUGAAUCAUAUGUUCCUUAUAUAUUCCGCAUGAGUGCGGAAAUGAUGCAAAUAUAUAAUAGGUGAUAUGUGCAAGCUUUAUUACACGAGAACAAUCAAGUGAGAAGAGAAUAAAGGGUAAAAUAAAAUUAUAUAUAUAUACAUAUAUAUAUAUAUAUAUAUAUAUAUAUAUAUAUAUAUUUUUCAUAAUUUUUCAUAGAGAAAACUUUUCCUAGAGAGAAUUUUCAGAAAAUUCUUAAAAGUACUGCAUCAAAAUAUUUUAUUUUACCUUAAAUAUUGUGAUAAUAUUAUUUACACGUGAAUCAAAGCAAUAUUGCUUGUCAAAGAAUUUUUAGCAAGAUACAAGCAUGUAUAUACAAUAAAUUACUUGUAAUGUUAUUUUUUCUUCUUUUUGAAAAGGUACAAGCAAAAUAUUAUCCGAGUUAUUAUAUUUUAAUUUGGACUUACUCACACAUAGAGAUAAGUUAUUUCCCAAUAUUGAAUCAAGAAUUCAGUUGAAGCAUUUUAAUGUGAUAUGUAUUUAUUAUGUACAUACACAAUCUAUAUACACAGGAUAUUUUAU